GGACAGCUCGCGCAAGCGCAGUGCGCUCACGGGGGGAAGGUUGUCCCCAGGGCAGCGGGUUGUGGUUCCGGUUCCGUCGCGGAGACACGUGAAGGUCGGCGAGUUGGUGCGGAGUUCGUCUCGGCGCGCGUGGCCGGUCUGGGAUGGAUUCCUCUUCGAAUUCUUCCGCGGCGGGUUUGGGCUCAGUGGACCCGCAGUUGCAGCAUUUCAUCGAGGUGGAGACUCAGAAGCAGCGCUUCCAGCAGCUGGUGCACCAGAUGACGGAACUUUGUUGGGAGAAGUGCAUGGACAAGCCUGGGCCAAAGUUGGACAGUCGGGCUGAGGCCUGUUUUGUGAACUGCGUUGAACGCUUCAUUGAUACAAGCCAAUUCAUCUUGAAUCGACUGGAACAGACCCAGAAAUCCAAGCCAGUCUUCUCAGAAAGCCUUUCUGACUGAUUUCAGCAUUACCUUUUUGGAAAAGGAAGGUAGUUCAGGAAUGGUUGAAGAAAAGGCUACAGGGGGAUUGGCUCCCACCUUGUGGCACUCUGGAAGUGUCUGGUCAUCUGAGAAUGAACAAAGACCAAUAUUUUUGUGUGUUUGGGGCUUGAGGGUCAUAUGUGUAUUUGGUUAUGCUUUUUAAAUGUUAAUCUUGUGAAAACAAUUGGCAGAUGAAUGGAAAACCUUAGAUGCAUAUUACUGUAUGUGGGACUAUGUUUUUCUGAACGUCCCAUUAACUAUUUCCUAUAAUUUGGAUAGUGGAACUGCUUUUUGUAAUUUGAUAGUGGGACCACAUGGGUAAAAUUUGUCUUUUGAGGAUUCAUUUCAGAUGCCUAUGGACAUUGAUCCACAUCUUGGUGUCUGAGAAAGGGUGGCAAUGGGGGAAGAGUUAUUUGGUAUUUAACUAGUGUUUUGACCAUCAGUGCUGGGAAAAAAAUCUAUAGAAUAUUCACAUAAUACAAUUCAGCUUUCUAAAUUAUCUCCCUUCCUUAUACUGUGAUUUACUUAAGUAUCUAUAUAAAGUAUGGUCUCGAGGUAGUACAGGCAGCCUGAGAAUCUAGAGGCCUUUACUUAUAAAGGAAUCUAGCCAGUGAACAUAAUUCUCGUUACUAAAGUGCCAUGAGGAAGAAUUUAACUUAUCCUGUAUAUCAGGGUCAAAGAAAUUCAAAGAUGGGCCUAAAUAAGUUGUAAAGAUUUAGGCCUGUCAAAAACUAACAGCAGUUUCAUGUAGAGGUGCAUGUCUAAUGUCAAUCAAUCAGUAUAGAUUCUAUUUACUGCAGUUUUUUGAUCAUUGAAAUAAAAGCUUCUACAAGA